GCUCACCGCAUAUCGAUUGCUAUCGAUAUGUACGCGUGACAACGCGAAUGGCACGUUGCAAGCAAGUUGGCCAAAAACUGUGUUGAGUUUUGUGUUAAAAUGUAACUUUAUUUUAUUUAAAGACAACUACCUCCAUAAUUCACUCAAUAAAUUCGGCAAUGUAGUUUCUCUACAAGCUUUUUAUAAGAUAUACUUAUAUAUAAAUAUAUAGAUGCAUAGACGUAACCUGUAUACAACAUUCCAUUUGGUGUAGUAAAGUAAUUAUGGAUACAUGAAUUGAGGUUCUGCACGGACUGGAAAGUAACGACCUCAACGGCAACGUGGAGCGGGCAGGCAGGGAGUAAGCAAAAGUCAACCAUGUCAACGAACCCCAACCAACAGCAAUAUGCAGCAACUACAACAGCAACAGCAACGGCAGCGGCAGCGAUAUGCAACCGGGAGAGGGCCAGAGAGCGGGCUGGGUGCAGUAGCUCGCAGCGCAACUUGCUCGAGUUUCUGUGCAUUUGUGUGGCAUGCGUCGUGUGUUAUUACAAUAGCACGCAGUGCGGCCUGGUGUUCGACGAUGUCAGCGCGAUAAGGGACAACAAGGAUUUGCGGCCGAGCACGCCGCUGCGUAAUGUGUUCCUUAACGAUUUCUGGGGCACGCCAAUGCGCAAGGAGCACUCGCACAAGUCCUACAGGCCACUGACAGUGUUGACGUUUCGCUUUAACUACUUGCUGCACGCACUGGAUCCUUUCGGCUACCAUCUCGUCAACCUGCUGCUGCAUGUUGCCGUCUGUCUGCUGUGGCGGCGUGUCUGUCGCCUUCUGCUGCGUCAGUGUGUGGCUGGCAGUAAUGAAACGCAGUCCUCCGCGUCCGCAUCCGCGUCUGUGUCCUCGCUCAACACAUGCGCUUUUGUCGCUUCGCUCCUGUUUGCAACACACCCGGUGCACACCGAGGCCGUUACUGGCGUCGUAGGCCGUGCUGAAUUGCUCUCUUCAAUAUGCUACCUGGGCGCGUUUCUCAGCUAUGCGCACGCAACGGGCGGCUCGCCUCGGCGCACGAACUGGGCCUCGCUUUGCCUGUGCUUUGGCAGUUGCCUGCUAGCUUCCAUGUUGUGCAAGGAGCAAGGCAUCACGGUAGCUGGCAUAUGCGCUGUCUACGAACUUUUCGUGGUGCAGCAGGUGCGGCCGCUGCACCUGUGCCAUUUUGUGCUGCGUAUGUUUGAGGAGCAGCCGCCGGCCAAGUUGGGACAAGCCAGUGCACGACGCUGGUCGUCGACACUAUGGAAGCGUUUGGCGUUUCUUGCCCUCAUCACUGUCGCAUUGCUGGUUGGACGUGUCUACGUGAUGGGCUCCCAGCUGCCAGUCUUCACCCGCUUCGAUAACCCUGCCUCGGCAGCUGCUACGCCAGUGCGGCAGCUAACCUACGGCUACCUCAUCUACCUGAACUGCUGGCUGUUGCUGUACCCAUCGUUGCUCUGCUGCGAUUGGACAAUGGGCACCGUGCCCCUGCUGGAAGGAUUCGCUGAUCCUCGAAACUUGGCCACCUUGUGCACUUUUCUUGGUCUUGGCGCGCUGGCGGCCAAGGCUUGCUUUUCACGAAAUCUAUCGCAGUCACGCACGCUGCUCAUGUGCCUCGGCUGGAUAGUGCUGCCAUUUUUGCCCGCCUCGAAUCUAUUCUUCCCGGUCGGCUUCGUGGUGGCUGAGCGCAUUCUUUACAUGCCAUCGAUGGGCUACUGCUUAAUGGUUGCCUACGGGUAUCACCAGUUACAGCAGCGAUGGCGUUUGCGUUGGGGGCGUCUGGCGCAGACGGCGCUCAUUGCGCUGCUGGUCGCGCACGGGCUGAAGACACAUCAGCGCAACUGGGACUGGCGCACGGAGUACUCGCUUUUUAUGUCCGGGGUGCAUGUGAACCAACGCAACGCCAAGCUGUACAAUAACGUGGGACACGCACUGGAGAACGAGGGCCGAUACGACGAGGCUCUGAUGUACUUCCAGCAAGCCGUACACAUACAAACAGAUGACAUUGGCGCUCACAUUAACGUGGGUCGCACCUACAACAAUCUCAAGCGCUAUGCCGAGGCGGAGCAAGCGUACAUGCGUGCCAAGGCGCUUUUCCCGCAGGCCAAAGCUGGUGUUAGUUACCACGCAAGGAUUGCGCCCAAUCAUUUGAAUGUUUUUAUCAAUCUGGCCAAUCUGAUAUCCAAGAAUCAAACAAGACUGGAGGAAGCCGAUCAUCUCUACAGACAGGCAAUUAGCAUGCGCAGUGACUACGUCCAGGCCUAUAUCAAUCGGGGCGACAUUCUUAUGAAGCUAAAUCGCACAGCUCAAGCACAGGAGGUUUACGAGCAGGCGCUUCUUUAUGAUAGCGAGAACGCGGAUAUCUAUUACAAUUUGGGCGUUGUGUUUCUGGAACAGGGCAAGAGUCAACAGGCGCACGUGUACUUCAACAAAGCAAUCGAGCUGUAUCCGGAGCACGAGCAAGCACUGCUCAAUUCGGCCAUACUUCUGCAGGAACUCGGCGGAGCGGAGGCGCGUCAAUUGUCACGUGCCCGCCUAUACCAGGUGUUGGCUAGAGAUGCGAACAAUGAGAAGGUUUACUUCAAUCUAGGAAUGUUGGCGAUGGACGAGAUGAGCUUUGACGAAGCCGAGCAAUUCUUCAAACGUGCUAUUCACCUGAAGUCGGACUUUCGCAGCGCGCUCUUUAAUUUGGCACUGUUAUUGGCGGACUCGAAGCGGCCGCUGGAUGCAGUGCCUUUUCUUAAUCAAUUAAUCCGCCACCAUCCCACUCAUGUGAAGGGUCUUAUACUGCUGGGCGACAUAUACAUCAACCACAUGAAGGAUCUAGAUGCGGCAGAGAAGUGCUAUCGCAGCAUACUGCAGCACGACCCACGCAAUACGCAGGGCCUGCACAAUCUAUGCGUGGUUUUCGUGGAACGCAAGUGGAUGGCCAAGGCGGCAGCCUGCUUGCAGUUCGCCCAACGACUUGCGCCCGGCGAGGAUUACAUUGGACGCCACCUCCAGAUUGUGAACUCACGCCUGCAAAAAAUCAACAAGUUACCUGAUACGUCGCCUGAGCGACAGUUAGCUUACAAGGACUACGACCCGCUCGAGUUCAGGCCAGCCGAUGGUGUCCUAAGCUUGUAGCAGUUCCCAUCAUCAGGCUAUUCCACAUUUGCGAAGCAUUUCGUCUAGCUUAA